AUGGCAAACGCGACGCUGGACAGUGACAGUGGUCCGCUGCCGACUGUAGCGGCUCUCGCGCUUGCGGCACAAGACGCUAAUGACGACAAGACGUUUGCACUCGUCGCAACUUGCUCUUUCGUGCUUUCCCUGGCGCGAGGACUGCGGCUACUGGGUCUCUACUUGGCCCAGAGUCGACGUCGACGCGAGUGUUUGCAGCUCUGUCCUGGUCGUUCUGGCCUUUCGCUGCCGCUCCCAGUCGUACUGUAUGCGAUCGAUGUGAGUGUCUUUGUGGUACUUUGGUACGCUGUGAGCAUUGGCAUGACGCUCUUUAACAAGUGGUUCUUGCGGGCCUGGGCCGGUGGUGGGUACCCCUUUGCGACGACCAUGGCGUGCAUCAAUAUGUUUGUCAAGUGUCUACUAUCGCGACUGAUGGAUCGCUGCUCCAGUGGCGGCUACACAAGGACUGGAAUGGCUAUGCCUUCGAGUGUGUACUGGAAACUUGCAGUGCCUAUUAGUGUCUGCACGGCCAUUGACGUUUUGCUGUCGAACGUGUCGCUGUUUUACAUUAUAGUGACCGUUUACACGAUUGCCAAGUCAGGAGGUAAUGUCUGGAACUUGCUCUUUUCGAUUUAUCUGGGCCACCAACGCCCGUCUUGGUCGCUGUUUGGAGUGAUCGUGCUGAUUUCAAGUGGCAUCGGACUUGCUAGCUACGGGUCGGCACAUUUUGUGCUCUACGGCUUUCUGUUGGUGUUGGCAACGUCAGUGAUCGGGACGUUGCGGUGGGUCCUGACUCAGUCGUUGCUCCAGUCGAUGGAGGACAGCACUAUCGGAGCGUCCGGGAAUAAGGUGCUUGCAGUGGUGUACUACGUGUCACCCGCGAGUGCUGUUUGUCUGCUUCCGAUUGCUCUGCUUACAGAGGGAAAGGACUGCAUGACGUCGCGCUUUCUGCUGGACUCGCAGCUGCUUGGGAUGUCGCUGAUUUUCAUCUUCAUCAGCGGAUGUCUAGCAUUCGUGCUGAUCUUCAUUGAGAUUUCGCUGGUCAAGAAGACAUCAGCGCUGUCACUAGGUAUCGCUGGCACCUUUGAAGACGCACGCACGCAAGUGCUACUCGCAGUCUCUAUUUUUGGCGAUCAGCUCGUUCGAGUCAAUGUGUUUGGCCUUGUCGUUGCCACGUGCGGUAUGCUUUUCUACACGUACAUCAAACACAGUACAGCGGAAGCAGCAGGCGGCGCAAGAAACGACAGAUCGGGGGAAUACCAUCGCGUUUCGACUUCCAAUUUGGACUUGGAGGUAAGUAGCGCGAUUCCGUCUGUUGGCAGCAAUAGCAAACGCAUAUCACAGUUUCACAUGAGAGACGGGCGGCGUGAUUCGGCAUGCGGGAACAAGUCGCUGAACGGUGUGCCUGGCGUAGAGCUUGUGCGACGAGAGAGCUAG